CCGUACCGUGUGUGCCUGAUCCCCAGGGGACUGAGAGCUGCCCUUCAGAGAAACGUGGACCAUGGGCAUCCCCCUCCCUUCCAUUAAGGGGUAAGAGGUUACCCUUAAACAAAUAGAAACGUACAGCUACUGCCAUCUGCACUUACCCUUCACACUCUGCUCCUGAACCACUGAGUAGUCCUACAAGGAUAGCAUUAGUGGGCACUGCCUCCUUUGGAGCUGCGUGCUGCUGGGCAUAUUUCCUCUGCCAUCUGUGGGAUCAAAGCCCAGAGGAUCCACUCUGUUAACUUUAGGUUCUGCUGUCUGAGUGAGAGCCUGCAUAGGAGGAGGAGAAGUUAACUAGAGCUCUUUUGUUGCCUUACUGGCUCCAGAGCAAAGGCAGGAAUGCAAGCCAGCCAAGGCACAGCCCCCCUGUCUGCUAUACUGCUUCAUCCUGUGAUUUAGGAAUGAACUGCAGAAGGGUGUUCUUGAAGGCCAGAACUGGAUGCUUCUAUCAGGAUUUUUGCUUCUGGAACUGUAAGGUAGGGAUGGAUUGUUGCUGGUUCCUACCCUAGCUGCACUGCAUCUCGUUAUUAUUAGCGGGUUCAGGAAUGCUCUGUGUGCUAUGCAUUGGCAACGUUCCUCAAAAAAUUCCCUUUCUCAUCCUCUCUGCUCUCCUUUGUGCUGGUCAGGCUUCUGGGGAAGACAGAACAGCAAAAAGGUGCUCAAAUUUUUACCCCUUCCCACCGCAGGUUGAGAACCUGAGAUCACAAUCUAGAAUGGCAUUCCUCUGACCUUCCCUUAGGGACAGCAUUGUCUGCUCCCACUCCUGUGUGACCCAAAGGUGAGGAGAGUGCUCUUUGACCCAGCAGCAGGAGCAGUUGCCUCACUUCUCUUGCAGCCCUUUUCCCAUCCAUCCCUCUUGUUAUCAGGGGAGCGGGAAGCUCUUAUCUUGAGCAGAGGAGGAGUUUGCUGUGAUUUGUCCUGAGAGGGGAAAGGGGGGCAUCCAUCCAGCUGCCAGGGAGCUGGGAAGCUGCCCUGUGCUUUCAGGGAGGGGUGUGGUGGUGAGCAGUUGGCCCUGGCUAUCCUUUCCCAUCCAAGGGGAGCUCCUAGUCCCGUGUUGCCUAUUAACCAUUUGCAAUAGAUGUAAAUAUUGACUUCUAAUAAACUCUUUGAAAGAGAUGCAGAGAAGUGUGUGUGGGGAUGCUGUGUGCAGGGCUGGGGGAGCCCAGGAGCAAUGCUGCACAGUGGCUGUAGCUGUGCUCUGGCACCCAAGGCUAAAGCUCUGCAUUCAGGCAUCGCUUGUGUUCCUGGAGGAGGGAUGCUGUGAAGGUGCCAUGGAUGUAAGGUAGGAUUUUCUGCCACAAACCAUCUGCUUUCCAAAGGGAAGUAGCUCCCCAUGUUGCAGUGUUACAUCCUGGUGUAGUUUCUGGUAACAGAACACAGAUCUGUACUUUCCAUUCCUUCCCACUGCUUGGGGUGUUUGGAAACCAUGAGCCUGUGGCACGAAAAGAAUCACUGCAAGUGCUAAAAUCCUCCUUAGGAUCUCCCAUCCCACCGAGGACAUGGCCAGAGCCAUAUCCCAUGCUGGGAAGGGAUUACUGUUCUUUCAGCAUACAGCACAAAACCACAUACGCCUGGACAGCCCUGCUGGAGUUCUGCCUGGCCCUUGGCCUUUUCCUCUGUACUGGAGCAGUGCUGUGGGGCCCUGGUUCUUGCUGUGCCCUGGGGAGGCACCAGCUGCUCUCAGAUGCCCAUGCACGCUGCCUGGGUGUGCUGCUGUGGGACCUUGGGCACCCACCAUCUGCUGAACACAGAGCCUCGUGUUUGCUGCAGCAUCUGGGCCAGAGGAAGGAAGCAUCCGAGGCUUUCUGCAAUGAAAAUUCCAAAACCAGAGAGCCCUGUGGCAGUAAAUACCAAGCCCUAGAUUUGCACUGGAGUUAUGAAUAAAAGGGUGCAUUCCCAGCACUGGGAGUAGUGGAAAGCAGAGCUGCUGCUAGGAACAGCUGGCAUUUCCCAUCAGCACAAAUAUGAUUCAGUGCUGGUAAACUCAAGGUUAACGUUGCCUUGCAAUGACAGCAUCAUAAAGUGUCUCCCCAUCCCCAAAUACACCACAAAUUCCCUCUCCUGCCCCAAACAAAUGUUUAACAGGAUGCCGUAAGUCAAUAUUUGUCUGCCAAAUUCUGAAAUAGGAGGUGGUGCUGAAGGUCGGCGGGUAGGAGGGCUGGGCUGGGCAGGAGGCUGUGCCCCACACAGAGCUGUCUGUCCAGCUAACAAAGGUGCCAGCUCCAACGUGGACACCAACAGCCUAAGGUAAGGAGAAACGAAGGAGAAUUUGAUGGUAAAUGGGGGCUAUUCCAAUGAGCAUUAGUGGUUUUAUCAGGGAGAGAGUGAACCUGGCGGAGAGUUAAAGGUUUGGCACCAUGGGGGUUGGAUAGGGGUGUUUAGAGGGAGUUAUGGCAGCAGGAUUUUGGGGGAAUGAAAAGGUCUCAAGUUUUGCUGCCUCUGCUGGGCAAGCAGUCACAACCCAGUGAGUUGUGGGUUGAAGCUGGGAUUGCUCUGGGAGUGAAAAGCAGCCCCAGGAGUUAAGUGGAUAGCAGCCAUGCCGACGCCUGGGUUUUGGCAUGUAGUGUUUAUGUUAAGGAGAAGAUGGGUUAUUUCUGUUUGAGCAGGAAAAGUAGUUGGUCGAAGCUGUGGCCAGGGAGUGGGUGGGGUUUCAUUGAUUGCCCUGGAAGCUCCCACUGUCCCAUACUGGAACUGGAGCACGGGGGUGGGAGAGGCUGGGUUUGCCAGCAAAGGGGGAAGGCAAGUGCUGGGAAGGGGAGGACUUUCUAUUCCAGGACUAAUUGCUGGUAAAUCCCUCUGGUAUCUUGCUUUCUCCCUGCAAAGCCCCUUCCAGACAGCACUUGCUUAGGCAGGUCAGCAGCUCUUCUCCCAAGAGCUGGGCACAGCCAACACGAUGCUGUGCCCACACCUCAAUGGUUUGCAUAGGGAAGGAGCAGAGGCUCUUGUCUGCUCCCACAUGCACAAUGUGUGUAGGACUGAUUAGGGAAAUACCAUUCGCAAUCCAGAUGAAUGAGGGUGUUGGGGUCAGAAGCACAGGUUCCCAGCAGAAGAGGGUCACGUAAAGAGUCCGGCUGUGGUUACAGCUCUGCUCUGGUGCAGGUCCCUGUUCCUCUCUGAUUUCACUGCCUUGGCGUUGGACCCAGGAGUCCUGUGUUGUUUCUGUGCAGCAUUGUUCAUCUCCUUAUUGCUUUCUGCAAGCUCCUGCGCCAACCUGUUUGGCCAGGUUGAUAAUUUUCUCCCUGUAGACCUGACUAGGCUCAGCUUGCUGCUGCCAGGCAGCUGGAAAUAACUCCUCUCUCGGCUGGUCCUUCUGUUCCAGAAAUAUGGUGUUGCUCUGGGGUCUGUUGCUGCUCUCCCUAUCUGCUCUGCACAGUCAUCCAAGGCUUCCUUUGGCACAAGCUGUUGAGCAACAGCAUCUCUCCUCAGACAAAGCUGUGGAUCUGAAGAAUCUGAAAAGUGGUGGAGAUGAAGAAUCUGCUCUGCUGGGAGCCAUCCCAAGCCUGCCAAAUGCAAAGCUGGCAGACACCUGGGAGAUCUAUGGAACAUCACCUUCCAUCUCCACAUCAGCUGAAACUGGGGAUGAUGAGAGGCCAGGAGAUAAAGCCACAGCUGGGGCUGUCAGCUGUCAUGAACAGGAACCCUUUGGGAAAACCCUAUCUUCUGAAGAGGAAGGAGAGGAUGAAGAGGAAAGCUGUGACAUAACUUGGAAGAAGAGCCAGAAGCUAGCAAGUGGGCUGAUGAGAUUCAGCAUUGAUCUCCUGAGAGAGGUCCAGCAAGAGUCCAAUGGGAACAACGUGAUCCUGUCUCCCCUCAGCAUUGCCCUUGCCCUAUCUAACCUGGCACUAGGAGCAGCAAAUCAGACAGAGAAGCACCUGCUGGAGGCGAUGCACCUGGAAUCUGUGCCCUGUCUCCACCACAUGCUGAGCAGCCUUCGCAGGAGACUGGCAGGAGCCACGCUCAGCCUUGCAUCACGUGUGUACCUGCAGAAAGGAUCUGAGAUCAAAGAGAAGUUCCUGGAGGAGUCGGAGAAAUUCUAUGGGGCAAAGCCUGUGACACUUUCUGGGAGCAGUGAGGAUGACCUCACGGCCAUAAACAAGUGGGUAAAGGAGGCAACUAAUGGGCAAAUACCCACCUUCCUACAGCAGCUCCCUGGAGACACAGUGAUGCUCUUGCUCAAUGCAAUCCAUUUCCACGGGUUUUGGAGGAAUAAGUUUGAUGCGAGCUUCACUGCACCAGAUGCAUUCCACCUGGAUGAUAAUUUUGUGGUUUCAGUUGAGAUGAUGAAAGCCCAGCGGUACCCCUUGAGCUGGUUUACACUGGAGUCCCAGGACAUUCAGGUGGCCAAGUUUCCCUUUAAGGGUAACAUGAGUUUUGUGGUCAUUGUACCAAACCAGUAUAUCUGGAAUACCUCUCACGUGCUGGAGAACUUCCCUUAUGGACAACUAUGCAGGCUUUUCCCCAAAGAGAUGCCAACCACAGUGAAGAUACCCAAAAUAAAAUUGGAUUAUCACCUGGAACUCAACAGUGUUCUCAGUCACAUGGGCCUCCAGGAGCUGUUCACAAGCCCAAAUCUACAGAAGAUCUCAGAUGAGCCUCUCUUUGUGUCCAGUAUACAGCAUCAGUCUGCCAUGGAGCUUAAAGAAGACGGGGUGGAAGCCUCUGCUGCUACCAGUGUCAUGAUAUCACGCUCGCUGUCGGCCUUCAGCUUAGACCGGCCAUUUAUCUUCAUUAUAUUUGAAGAAGAAAUGGGCAUCCCACUUUUUAUAGGCAGUGUAAAGAACCCUAACCCCAAUGCUGCUCCCCAGAUAAAAGAGCUACAGAACUUGCCUGAUGCAACAGAUGACAAUGAGUACCCCAUGCCCAAAUAAGAGAGGAGCAAAACCUGUGUUCUGGGACUGCUACUUGACCCUCUGGACCAGCUAAGAGAGGCUUCCUACCACUGGUGAUCUCCCUUUGAGGCCACAGAAGGCAAUUCCUUGCUUGUUUUCCUUUCCAGAUCCCUACAGACCAGUCCUGGGAUAUCCCAUUCCAGCCCUGAUGAGCUUUUCUUGGCUGGAGCUCCCCUCUGCUGACCCUGAAAAGCUUGCUCUGCCUCUCAGUCCUGGAAGGGAGAUUUCUGUGUCCCCAGACUCUUAUUAGAGUCUUUAUUAAGCUCUUAUUAGAGUCCAGCAUAGCCUGAAAUCAUCAUUAGCAUCUGGCAGCCUGGACAGCAGCCAGAAGUAUUAAUAUGGCUCUUCCUUCCUUGGUUCCUGUGAACAUGCCUUCCUCACAGUGUUCCUCUAUAAACUGUCUGUUUGUACCCACCUAGGAAAUGACCUCUAAAUCAAGUGGACUGGUAACCAGUUGUCUUCUCUGGGAUGAGUCAGAGCCACUUCAGGCACAAGCUCUUCUUAGACAUUGCCUUUUCCCACUCCUUGGCUAUUGGAUCUGCUGUGGGAGGGUCUGCAACGAGGGACUGAGUCUCUUUAUCUCCAGUCCUGUUCCUGGAAAACAAUUCUAGGUUCUUGAGUAAUGCUAGAUUUUUCAAGGCUUAUUUUAUAAAGCAUUUUUUAGUAAUUUUUAUGUUGGCAGAAUAAUAAAGAGUAAAGCAGAAUGCAUUUGCUUAUGGUGUUGCAUUGAAAGACUCAACAGGGAAAGGGAACAGGCAAGCAACUUGAAUAAUUGCAAAGAUUAGGAGAAAAAAGUCUGGGCAUGAAAGAUACAACGUUAGGAGGGGCCCUGCAAAGGAGCUGCCCUUUGCUAUGCUUUGUCACAGAGGAUAAGGGAGGCUAUGAGGUAUAACUGCUAAUCAGUAAAGACUGUCAAAGGAUGAGUCUGGUAACUGCUAGCUCACUUGCAGAGUGUGCUUGACUCACUUGUUCAGAGGCUGGCUCUGUGAAAUGGGCAGAAUUCCUUGAAUUAAAGCACAGCUCCCUGGCUUCUUGUUCUAAUGCAGCUGUGCACAGCUGCAGCAACCUACCAUGUAAAAUUAUUGGGAACCCUCCACCCCACAGAGCUAUCCAUUACCACUUGAAAAUGUUAGACCAACUUACCGUUGCCUGCCAUGUUGCUGUUAUUUAUAUAUAACACAGUGGUUGUCCAUAGCAGAUUCUGCUUCUAAACUCCCUCAGCCUCUGGAUAGAAAGUAUGGUGCUCUGUUUUUGUGAAAUAACAGUUACAGAGCACAAGGGCCAUCCUUCUGGCACAGUUUUCCUAACUCGGGAAGUCUGUCUUCCCUCAAAGGAAGGAGCAGAAUGCUUCUGGGAGCCUCCGUCCCUGAAUAGUCUGCACCAUCUGCUGGAAUAAGAG